AUGCGCGCCUCUGUUGCCCCAAAAAAAUUGAGAAGGAAAACUUAAUAGAAAUGGCGGAGGGUGCAACAUCUCUGAAGGGUUUGCGAGCUCAAAUGGCUGCAGCUGCGCAGGCACAGGCAGAGGAGCGGCGCAGCCUAGCAGGGAACAGCCCAGGGCCUGCAGUAGGAGCAGCUAACACGCCAUCCCCAGCAGUAGCAGCAGCUAACACACCAUCCCCAGCAGUAGCAGCAAAGUCUCCCCGACCAGUCAUUGAUGGUGCUGCACUAAGGAUAGACGAGCGUCUUCGAGUGGCGAAAGAGAGACGAGAGGAGGCCGAUAGGCAGCAAGCUACGAAGGAAACUCAGAUCCUGGAGCGGGAGCGUAAGGCCAAGCUGCAGGUGGAGCGUCAGAUGGAGGAGCGCCAGAAGAAGCUGGACGAGCAGCGCAGGAAGGAGGAGCAGAGACGCUCAGCCGUGGAGGGGAAGAGGAAGCUAAAACAGGAGGAGGAGAAGGAGCACUAUGAGGCGGUGAUGCGGCGGACCCUGGAGCGCAGCCAGAGAGUGGAGCAGAAGCAGAAGAGGUGGUCCUGGGGGGGCUUUCAGAGUCCGACAACCGACCUGGAGACCCUGACGCAGGCGCCUCCUCUCCAGUAGCUAUAGUUAUCUCCCCCGCGUCUCCAGAAAAGCCCCCCAGGACACAAGCUGACAAGCGCUCUACCUCCACCAUGAACCUGAAACAGCUGGCCGAUUCUGGCAUCAACAAGCGCCUGUCCUCCUCCUCCGCCACCCUCAUCAAAUCACCUGACAAAAGUGCUCGUGUGAGGAGUUCGUCACUGAACCGGUUGCCUAGAAACAACAAAGUCGACCUAGACACUCAGCCCACUAAGGAAGGCAGAAAAAAGCUUCAGGUGGAACAGACAGGCCCCUCCCUGAAGAAGAGAAGCUCCUCCCUGACACGAGCUGGGGGGGGCAGAACGCCGACCCCCUCCAAGCUCGAUAAGGGGACGUCAGACGACCAAGCUCGCAAGCCCCUGGCGAGCCCCGUGGACGGAGGGUUCCUCAGUCGCCUUCUCAUCCCCACCCAGGCCUCAAUAGCUAGGAGCAAGAGCGCUGCAGCCCUGUCCGAAGGAGGCGAAGCCCCAGAGUGUCACCUGUGUCCUCGUUCAGCCUCGCCCAGCCCCCUGCACCUGAUGCAGCGAGGACCCGUGCGCAGCCGCAGCAUCGACCGGCAGAAGAGCACCACCCUGCCCACCUCGGCCUCGGCAGACCAACUGAACCCCUCACUGAAGGAGAAACGGUUCUCGUCGCCCGGAGGGAAGCGCCCUGCCUCGCCCUCCAACAUCGCGGGACGCCACCGCUCGCCCUCCCCUGCCACCCUCCCUGUCAGCAAAAGAACCCCAUCCCCCAGUGCAGCAAAGCAAAGCCCCCGUAACCGUCCCCCGUCACCCGGAGGUACCAAACAUCGCCCCCCGUCCCCUCAGCCCAGCUCGGCCAAGCCCCCAUCCCCUCAGCCCAGCUCGGCCAAGCCACCACCCAUCCAGAGACCGGCCCUCACCCCGACCGGCCCCCCCACCCUGCGGAAGAAAGACUCCAAGCCAAAGGACCUGUGUCCCAUCCAGGCUGUGGCCCCCCAGUCCCCAGAGCCCCCCCAGACCAGCUCAACACCGACUCCUGCUCCCACAUCCUCCACCAAGACCAAAGACAAGGACGAGAAGUCCAUGGCGGGCACCAACUCUGCAGCCGAGGCCGCCAUGAUCCUUGCCGAGAACCGCCGUCUGGCACGGGAGAAGAAGGAGAGAGAAGAGGCACUCCGAGUACUGAGAGAGGAGGAGGAGAAGCUGAGGAAGGAGGAGGAGAAACGCUUCGCCGAGGAGGCACGGUUGAAACGCCUGGAGGAGGAGAGGAGGCUAGCGGAGGAGAAGAAGAAAAAGGAGGAGGAGGACGCUCUCAUGGCCGAGGCAGACCGAGAGAGACUGGAGGCUGAGGAGGCCGGGAGACAGGCUGACCUACAGAAAGAGCGUGAAGAGGCGGAGGCUCAGGCUGCAAUUGAUGCAGAGAAGGUCCGCAUUGAGAGGGAGAGGGUAAUGGCCCAGAACCAUAAGGAACGCAUGGAGAGGAAGAAGAGAAUUGAGGAGAUCAUGAAGAGAACCAGAAAAGGAGACCAAGAAAAGGGAGGAGAUGAUGAUGAUGAUGAUGAUGAUGAGAAAGACAUACAGGAUGAAGAGGGAGAGGAGGAGGGCGAAGAAGAAACCAACUGUGUCGAAACCAAGGACGAUGAGUCAACCCAGCCCAGAGAUAUUGCCUUGGAGACGGACGACCUGGAGCGUGGACUGGCCCGCAGCGAACCUAUGGGAGUGCGGGAGGAGCCGUUGGGAUGCGUGAACGGGAUACCAGAGGCAGACAACAAGGAGAACAACAGAACCACCGCUGAGGGGCCUCUGGCUGUGAGGUAUGACACACACACCCACACAAGUCCAGUGCCUAAGGUUCGUUUAGUGGGGGGCUCAGAGUUCCUGAACGAGGACUCUAACAAGCUGUCCCCGGGGCUGAACGGUAAGCCUGGCUCCUGGAGCUUCGAGGAAUUCAUUGACCUGGGCGUCAACUCCAAGGGCCGUCCCCUCAUCGAUGCUGACGGCCGCAACCAGGGCCUCAUCGACUGUGACGGGGCCCCCAAUGGACCCAGGGUGGCAUUCGAGGACAAGGGAACCCCCGUGGCCACCCUCCACCCCUCCAGUCAGCCCAUUGAAGCCCUGUCAGAGAUGUGAGGCUGCAGCUCUCCCUUCAGAGGCCUGUGAAUAUUGCACUUCCAGAGUUCUUGUCCAGCUGAGCUCCAGACCCCCUUACCCCCUCCACACGUACACACCCGCCCUCAGCCAAGGAAGAGCACAGGGGUUGAGGGGGGGACAGGGACUCCCAGAACGCUAACUUUGCACCCCCACCACAUGAAAAGAAAAACUUUUUUUUUUAUAUAUAUAUCUAAAAAGAGAAACAAAGCUUCAGGGGAAAAUCUCUAUUCCUCCUUCAAUGUGCUCACUUCAAGGGCUCAUCCUCCCAUACGUAUAACAGUUGACACUUGGUUAUUUUUUAAAUGUUGUUUUGUUCAUACUGUUGUUUUUUAAGUGUUGUGCAGGGCGUGCGACGUAAUUUAUUAAUUUUGUUGUCUUCGUUAAAUGUAAUUGCUGGUUUGAGAAUAUUCCAGGAUCUAUGUACAUAACACUUUGCUAUAUGAUCGCUAUGAGUUCAUUACUUCUCGUGUCAUGAGUGAGUCAGGAAACUCUAGUACUGAUUGGUGGGCUGGGGAACCUGGGUAUUCUAGUCUCUCAGGGUCUGCCUACAUGAGCCCUAAGUAUCUCCAGUGGAUAAGGGAGUAUUUACACGUGUGUUACGACUUGCCGGUUCCCAAACCAGAAGCGGCACUAUGUAACUCUAAUCCCAUCCUACCCAAAUUGUAAUCCGACCUAGAAUUCGGGAUUUGUCCUUGCUCUCCUUUAAACUCUCCAGGUCCUAUUCUCCCAUGGUUUACCCCUAUGCCCCUCCACCUUCCCUUGCCAUCUCCCAGCAGUCCCUUACUCCUGCUCUUCUCCUUAUGGACACUAGGGGGCACUCAGGUCUAUGAAUCAAACAAAUGGUUUAUAAAAUGACUGUUGCCUACUAACCUAAGGUAGGAGGCAUAAAAUAAAUGCCUGAGUGGGGUCGGAAGAAACCGGAAGCAUACGGCUUUCAAACUUCGCCUCUUCUCAGCUUUUCCCCUGAGAACCGGAUGCUUCCGGCACUGCUGAGGGUGGUUGCCUACUAUUUCAAAUUUACAAACUGAAGGAUGUAGGAAUUUGACAAAGCUGGUGAUUUAGUAAAUAUUUGUGAACUGUUGCUGUUAACUUUCGGUUCCUGGUCUUUAGGUUUAUGUUAUGUUUUUACAUGUAUGUAGACUUAAUGUUUAACUAACUCAUAUCAAUUUUGAAUUUAAUUGCAUCCUGAGCGCUGAGGUAUAACUUGACCCUCAGCAAUGACUGCAUGAAUUUAUACAUUUACCAUAUGAAUGGCUAUAGCCCAUAGUGGAUUAACGUGUGUGUGUGUAUGUUGGUUAAUUGCAGUCAGACGAGGUCCAUGAGUUUCAUUUUAUGUCACUCUUCUCUAAGGGGUGUACUAGUCCAGAAACUAACUUGAAUGGUUGAAAGUUCUCUUACGACGCCCAAAGUUCCUUUUUCUAGGGCUAAAACACAGUUUUGACCUGGCUGUAGAUGUAUGGAGUGUCUCCUACAUUCGCUGUCUGUCUAGCUCAUUCCAUACAAAUUCCAGUGCUUCUCCACUAAGCAUCUAUGUUACUUCUCCUGGUAAAAAAAAAAAAAAAAGCGUUUGUUUCAAUUAUUUGUGUCAUAAUUUGGACGUCUGUUUAUAUACAAUAUACGAAAAUCUAUUUCCUCAUAUUUAAGUGUUAUUGUAUUAUGUAUGUAAUCAGUAUUGGGCCUGUGGGUGGGGUACUGCGAAUGGAUGUUACUUUAUUUAAAUGUUUGUUCUAUUAGACUCGUGCCCUUUGCCAGGGUAGUCAGUGCUGUUACCCUAUGCUCUGUUCUAAAUUAAGCCCUGUCUCCUGCCCUCUAGGCACUUUAGUAGAUUGGAUUGGUGUAAGCAAUAUGGUAACGAUUCCGCAAGGUGAAGCUAUUAUAUUGCUUAUACCUGUCAAAUGCUUACAAAGUGCCAUGGGAUAGGGACUAAGGGUUGGUGUGGAAUUGAGUCAGGUCCGGUUUUGGUGUUACCCAGGAGGCUACAGGAAACCCUCCUGUUCUCCAGUACUCUGAGCCUAGGGCAGGGGAUCCUCAGACUGUAGAGGGAAGAUGUCUGUGCACGUUGAUUGAGGGCAUUUUGUGAAGUUCUGACUUUCAUCCCCCAACCACCUCUGACAAUCGCCUUGGUCUCCGACAGGGGUGGACUGAGGGGUGGAAAUGUUUCAGUGCUUUAUCACAGUGUGAAAGUUUGCAGUCAUAUGGUGUCUGAAGGUUAACAUGAACUCUGACUACUGUGCCACACGCUUCUCUGUAUAGCAGCAGUGUGACGGAGUGAAUCUACCGCUAAAUGAUGGAUUUGGUCAGUCUUGUUCUUGUCUCGUUUAUGGGUUCUUUCAAAUCUGUGUGGAGAAGCUUGAAUUCCCUAUGCUUGAAUCGUCCAAACGGAGAGGUUUGGGGACCUUUGUUUUUUGCUUCAUAAUAAAUCUGUUGACUGUCACAUUUAAUUAACCAGAAGGUUUCUCUGAAAUAGCUUUAUAUUUUACAUACCUUAUGUCUGGACUUAGACCCAUGAGCUUAGCUUUGAGAAUGUAACUUUAACUAAACAAACAAGCCCGUAAUCAUUUAACAUGCUUCUCUUUCUGAGGAGAAACCUUUUUUUUUGUUUUCAUGUGCAACCAGUUUUAUUAUUCAUCACAACAUAAGACACUUUGCACUGUGGGAGGUUUUCCACUUCUUGAAAGGGUUGAAAAGCUUUCUAAAAUGAAUUACACGGGGUUGACUUGUCAUCAAGAAGUAACUUUACUGUAUAGUCCUGUUCGAGAGGUGUGUGUGUGUGGUAUUCUGGAAAGAAAGUUUUCUCUCCUCUCCGGUCUCCUCCCAUUCAGGCCUUUUAUGAACUCCCCUCCUUGACUUGACUAACCGUUUAUCUUUUCAAAGUGCAGGGGAUUGCUGUAGACUUGUUCAAUAUGAACCGCUUGUUCCUUGGUCAGGUCUACAUGUGCUUAGCUAAUGGCAGUGGCGCUGGCACAUCCAGUCACGGAUACUGUAGAUCGGACCAAUACAGGACAGUCGCUGCUUUAAUACUAGAAAUGUUCCAGGUCCUGUUAUGUUUUUUAAUUCCCAUCCCUUUCUGCAUCUGUGGGCCUGAAUACAGAGCUAACUGUUCUUAAUUGAUCUCAUGAUUCAGUAGCUAUGACGGUAGAAUAGAAUGCCUUAGAUUGAGAAUAGGCUGUAUUUUUAUUUUAUAGUAAUUAAUAACUAAUCAAAUGUGUCACGUGUCCUUACGUCGGCCAUGACAAUCAUUCUAACCGACCAGGGCUACAAUGUGAAUAUCAAUAGCUUUUUCAGACCCUAACCCAAGCCAUGUCCACAAAUUAUAUUUGUAAAUAUAUCUAAAGUGUUCUGAGAAGAUAUGAACUGUUAAAAUAAAGUUUUGCUAAAUAAAA